AUGCCUCCCCGUCAACCAAGAUGGCCAUGGUACAGCAUUUUCCUUCGCCUUCUCCGAGCUAUGACAAGGAGAGCAUCUCCCGCCUUAUUUGCCAUCACAAUGGGCACAGGAGCAAUUAGCAACCUUUUUGUUGCUUUUCCAUAUGGCCGAGGCUCGCAGUCUUUCAACACCCUGAGCCUCGUGUUCUUCUUCUUCAACCUCUUACUCUUCGUAACCUUUUCGGCGCUGGUUAUCGCAAAAUACGUAUGCUAUCCGGACAGAUGGAAAUCUCUGUUGCGGAAUCCAAUAACCAGUUUAUACACCGGUUGUUUUCCCAUGGGAGCGACUACGCUCAUCAGCGUCGCUGCGCAAGUUAUUCAUGACAGAUACCAGUUCGGUGGAAGAAGUUUUGUGUACUUCAUUUGGGCCGUAUGGUGGGUGGACGUCAUUGUCUCAUUCAUGUGCUGUUGGAUCGGCGUUCACGUCAUGGUUACGCAGCAAACACACGCUCUGGAAUCUAUGACUGCAAUGUGGCUUCUUCCCGUAGUCACCCUCAUAGUCGCUGCGUCUUCCGGUGGUGUUCUCGGGCAAACCUUGAAUCAGUAUUCCACGCCGUACGCUCUCUGGACUGUUACAGUCUCCGUCUACAUGGUCACUGUCGGCCUUACCCUUGCACUCAUGAUUUUAACAAUCUAUCUCAUGAGACUGAUUAUCCACGGACUACCUCCGGGAACAAGUAUCUUGUCCGUAUUCCUUCCACUCGGACCGACGGGCCAGUCCGGUUUCGCCAUUAUGCUCAUUGGAGACAACCUGAAAGUACUUCUUCCAAGGAGUCCCAAGAUCACAACUUCGAACUUCCUCACUCACGAGGCAACAGGGCCGAUUAUCGACAUUGUCGCCACGAGCGUAGCAUUCCUCUUGUGGUCACUUGCGACUAUGUGGAUUCUGUAUGCCCUGCUCGCCGUCUACAGUACUCUUCGCCGGUCGUGGAUUACGUUUAGGUUAUCCUUUUGGGGCCUAGUUUUUCCCAACGGAGUGUACGCUAAUUUGACCAUCCAACUAGCUGACAAAUUUGAUUCGUCCGCUUUCAGAGUGUACGGAGCAAUUUAUGCGGUGGCGACAUUGAUUAUAUGGACAUCAAUAUUUUUGCGUUCUCUAUUGGAGAUUAAGUACUUUUUCGUGAAACCAUCAGAGCGCCAAAGUCCUCGAAUUGACGAACUCAAACAGCCAGAAUGGCGCAACCCUCGGCAAGAGGUUAGCCCGUCGCGGACUAGCAUAACUCAAGUAGCAUAG